CAAAAACUUGACUUUAAUCUAAUCCCAGUUAGUUCUAGGGUUUUGCGCCACUGGUCUACGUCCACAACCCAUCUCACUGUUGACUCACCAUUUUCCCGAGAAAAUUUGCAUGGAAAAUCCUGGAUGGUAAUCCCACAUCUCCAAUUAACAUAGAUCCCUACUUGAUUUCUUAUUCCAAUUAUGGCCGGGAAAUCUGAACCCUUAAACGGGACUGUGAAAUCUGGAUCGAACCAGAGCAGUCCAGCAGCAAUGCAGGCGUCGGCACUCAAGGCCGAUCUGUCGAAUAUCUUUUCUUUGAAGAGCUUUAAGCUGAAAACCAAGCAGCAGGAGCUGCUGAUCCGGGUUUCCAUCCUAAUGCUCGUCUAUGUCUUGGCUUUCAUCACUCGGCUGUUCAGUGUUCUGCGGUACGAGUCCAUGAUCCAUGAGUUUGAUCCUUACUUUAAUUACCGGACCACAGUUUUCUUGACUGAGAAGGGUUUCUAUGAGUUCUGGAACUGGUUUGAUUCUGAGAGUUGGUAUCCUCUGGGUCGUAUCAUUGGAGGCACUCUUUACCCGGGUCUCAUGGUCACUGCUGCUUUAAUUUACUGGGUUUUGCGAUUUCUGAGGUUUGCGGUUCACAUCCGCGAGGUCUGUGUGUUAACAGCACCGUUUUUCGCAUCGAACACUACCUUGGUUGCUUAUUUCUUUGGUAAAGAGAUUUGGGAUUCGGGUGCUGGUCUUGUUGCUGCGGCAUUGAUUGCUAUUUGUCCUGGGUACAUUUCUAGAUCGGUGGCUGGAUCAUAUGAUAAUGAGGGUGUUGCCAUUUUCGCCUUGUUGUUAACAUUUUACUUGUUCGUGAAGGCGGUGAAUACAGGGUCGCUUGCGUGGUCUUUAGCUUCCGCUUUUGGAUACUUCUACAUGGUUUCUGCUUGGGGUGGUUACGUGUUUAUCAUUAAUCUAAUCCCACUAUAUGUGCUGGUUCUUUUGAUCACGGGAAGGUAUUCAAUGAGACUGUAUGUUGCUUAUAACUGCAUGUAUAUUUUGGGAAUGUUGCUUGCAAUGCAAAUUCGAUUUGUUGGAUUUCAGCACGUGCAAUCUGGAGAACAUAUGGCUGCUAUGGGCGUCUUUUUCUUGAUUCAGGUAUUUUACUUCCUGGAUUGGGUAAGGCAUUCUCUUGCCGAUGCUAAAUUGUUUCAGGCAUUUUUGAGGAUCACAGUAACUACUGCAGUUAGUGUUGGUGUCAUUGCUUUGGGAGUGGGCACAGCAUCUGGUUAUAUUUCUCCAUGGACAGGCAGGUUCUACUCCUUGCUAGAUCCAACCUACGCUAAGGAUCAUAUUCCAAUCAUUGCAUCAGUCUCUGAGCAUCAGCCAACUGCUUGGUCAUCUUUUAUGUUUGAUUACCACGUCCUCCUCUUUUUCUUUCCUGCUGGGCUCUACUUUUGCUUCAAGCGGCUGUCGGAUGCAACAAUUUUCAUAGUUAUGUAUGGUCUUACAAGCAUGUAUUUUGCUGGUGUGAUGGUUCGAUUGAUUCUUGUUGCUACACCUGCAGUAUGCCUCAUUAGUGCUAUUGCAGUUUCUGCCACUGUGAAGAAUUUGGCUCAGCUUGUAAGGGCCAAAAGCAAAGCUGUUCAGAGUGGUUCUAGCAAAGGAACUAGUACUGUAAAAGGUUCUUCCAAGGGUUUGGUUGAUCACUCCCAGCCUUUCCAAAGAAAUGGCGCCAUUGUGUUACUUCUUGGUGCCUUCUAUCUGCUCAGCAGAUAUGCCACUCACUGUACCUGGGUCACAUCAGAGGCUUACUCAUCUCCCUCAAUUGUCUUGGCUGCAAGGGGGGCCCAUGGUAACAGGGUCAUAUUUGAUGAUUAUCGUGAAGCAUACUUCUGGCUUCGUCAGAAUACUCCUCCAGAUGCUAAGGUGAUGUCAUGGUGGGAUUAUGGUUACCAAAUCACUGCCAUGGGAAAUAGAACGGUCAUUGUUGACAACAACACCUGGAACAACACACAUAUAGCAACUGUUGGGCGUGCGAUGUCUUCUUACGAGGACGAGGCUUAUGAGAUAAUGCGAUCACUUGAUGUGGGUUAUGUUUUAGUUGUCUUUGGUGGUGUUACUGGUUAUUCUUCUGAUGAUAUAAAUAAAUUUCUGUGGAUGGUGAGGAUUGGUGGUGGUGUUUUCCCUGUAAUAAAGGAACCUGAUUACCUGGUCAAUGGAGAGUAUCGUGUAGAUAAAGGGGCUGCUCCCAAGAUGUUGAACUGUCUAAUGUACAAGCUGUGUUAUUAUCGCUUUGGGGAGCUGACAACAGAAUAUGGCAGACCACCUGGGUAUGAUCGUGCAAGAGGAGUUGAAAUUGGAAACAAAGACAUAAAGCUGGAGUAUUUGGAAGAGGCAUUCACUACACAGAACUGGAUAGUUCGUAUUUAUAAAGUAAAACCACCUAAAAACAGGUGGUAAGUCUUGCCUACGAUUCCUCUCCCAAAGGGGGGGCAAAAAAAGGAUGGAAAAAGUCAAAUGUACUUUUCUCUGCGGGAACUUGUAGCAUUUUAGUAAGCAUGAGAGCCCAAAUACUGCUGGCUAUUUAUAUGUCAUAGACCUUUUUUUUUUUUUCCCUUUCAUCUGCAUUUGUAGAAUUCAGUUCAGGUAAUGUAGUGGAAUCCUAACUUCACUUUUUCAUGCAUAUGUUGAAUUCAGUUCUUCUAAUUCUGUGGAGUCAUUUCU